AACGACAACGCGCUCGCUGCCGAUGCACCUCAGUUGACUUUUGCCCGCCAACUUUGAUUCAAGUCGAGCGAAAGACGCGCGCGCAUUUCGAAACACGAACGGCGUUGACAGCCGGUUUCUUUAAGUGUUGAAUUUUGGAUUUUUUUUAUUGUUUUUGUGUUGGAAAGCGUUUAUGAUUUUAUGAUGAUUGUUCGUUGGCAACUAAUCUUUGGACUCAUCUUAGCAGUAACAUGGACGUCAGUAGCUAAAAAAGAUUCCAAAUCAGAUCUAAGUUCCAAAUGUCCGAUGCUUACGGAAUGUCCUUUUCGAGCUGAGGGCUGUACAGACGACGAUGACUGUAGUCUAGAUGCUGUUUGUUGUAAAAGUCCCUGCGGAAAAGUGUGCACCAAACAAUUAUUUACAGGAUGCCAGACCUUAAGAAUGGCGGCUUCGAGAAGGGCUAAAGCUCUAGGAGUCGAGCCCAGGAACGUCCGAAUGCCGAGAUGCAACAAAAUGGGCUCUUUUGAACCAAUUCAGUGCGACAACGAAAUCGUUAGCUCUUGCUGGUGCGUGGACGAGGCAGGAUUCGAGUUGGCAGGAACCAGAGCUCCUGCGGCUGCGUUAGUGAACUGCACAGCUCCAAAACCUUGCGCUGACCAUACUUGCAGAAUGUUCUGUCCUCAUGGCUUCGCCCUAACCCAGGAUGGUUGUCCUUUAUGUAAAUGCAGAGAUCCGUGUGAUGGGAUCAGAUGUCCAAAUACGUUGGAAUGUCAUCUUGAUGAUCUAGCUUGUGCGGACCCACCUUGUCCCCCAAUUCCUACAUGUAAACGUGGAAGAUCACUAGAGAAUAUUUGUCCUGUGGGCGAUCCUUUACGAAUCAGCGACACUGUACGUCCAUUUUUAUGUGGAAAUGAUCCUGGAAAACCACAAUGCCCUCCCUUGUACCAAUGUUUGGUUCAAAAAGGCAACGAUUAUGGAGUGUGCUGCCCAGCUUCUCUAAAAAUUCAAAAAACGGGAUCCUGCCCGAUCGACAUCGAGAAACACCAACACUGCGGAGCGAUGUGCACACACGAUCUGGAAUGUCCUUCGGUGCAAAAAUGCUGCAACACAGAACAAUGUGGGCAAUCCUGCGUGCAUCCGAAAAAUGUCACAGAAUGUCUUCAUCAACGCGCCCUAUCGGAAGUUUUAGCGGUAAGCGAACGAGCAGGAAGAGGAUACGUGCCCCAAUGCACCGAUGAUGGUCAAUUCGAAUCGAAACAGUGCAGUAGAAACGGGCUGGUCUGCUGGUGCGUCGACCGUUUGGGAAGGAAACUGAAAGGAUCGAUGGGCCCCGCCGAAACCAUCAAUUGCUCUGGAACAGAUGUACGAUAUGAAUCAGUGGCAAGAAGUUUGAGCAAAAGUGGAAAAGAUUGCGAACGACUGGAAUGCGCUCAAGUAUGCGAAUACGGUUUUAAAGUAGACGAAGACGGUUGUCAUACGUGCAAAUGCGACGAUCCAUGUGACGGAUUCAUGUGUCCAGAAGACGAGGAAUGCGUCAACGUCAAAGAAUCUUCUUGUUCAGACUUCUUGUGUCCGUCUGUACCAGUGUGUCGCCCAAAAGCAGUUUACGCUAAUCCCUGUGAAACCGGAACCCCAUUGACAGAUGAUCUUAGAGGCGCUCCAGUAGCAUGCGCACUUCGUUCUGAGAACGGCAUCGUGUGUCCUUCUUCUUACGAAUGUACCGCUGUUGCCGGAUCUACUCAAGCCGUGUGCUGCCCUCUUCCUACUGACGAACUCCAAACCGAGGCUUCUGAGGACUACAAUCAAUUGGAUAUGAGACCACAAACCAUGUGCGAGUACCUUCACGAGUUUUCAGAAAGCAUGGAAGGUACACGAGAAGGAAUGUCUUUAGCUUUACCGACACCAGAAUGCGAUUCGAAUGGCAACUACGUUGCAAUGCAAUGUAAUAGUAUCAAAAAUGAAUGUUGGUGCGUGGAUAACUUCGGUACAGAAAUUCCAAAAACUAAAGGCAAAGGAGCGUCAUCCAAAAACUGCACUGAGCUGAGAGAAACAUUGGACUGUUUAGAUCUGACUUGCAGAAUGGGAUGCGAAUAUGGAUUUAUCCUAGAUGAAGACACUAGCUGUCCUCAAUGUACUUGUAGAGAUCCAUGCACUGGAAUUAGUUGUAAUGAAGAUGAACAAUGUCAGUUAGUCGAAGUGAGCUGUAAGGAUCAUUACUGUCCACCAGUACCUGCAUGUUUACCCAAGAAAACUGGCCAAUGUCCUUAUUUAGUACCAGCGUCUACAACAUCUUGCGAUUUUGAAUGCAACUCAGAUAUGGCAUGCAACGGUACCACUAGAUGUUGUUCUAAUGGUUGCGGUACCCAAUGCAUAGAGCCCCUUCUUCUUACAGGAUGUCAGCAUCAAAAAGCACUUGCGCAACACCAAGCUCACGAAUCUGGAAUCCCAGCUGGAAAAGUAUACAUACCGACGUGCAAAGAAGACGGUUCUUACGACAAGAAACAAUGUAAUCCAGGUACAGGCGAAUGUUGGUGCGUAGACAUAUUCGGUUUCGAGGUAUCCAAAACUCGCACCAAAUCCACGAACUCGUUCACUUGCGAAGUAGAUUCGCCGAAGACCAACGAAUGUCCUCUGUAUAAAUGCGCCGCAAACUGCGAGCACGGUUACGAGCUGGAUGAAAAUGGCUGCAGGACUUGCACAUGCGUAGACCCAUGUUCGAAGAUCACCUGUAGAGGCGAAGGGGAGACCUGCAGAUUGGUGAGCGUGGAAUGCGUGAGCUGGCCUUGUCCGUCGGUGCCGAUGUGCCUUCCGAAGAAAGAAAAUCCCUGUCAAAAUGGCGAACCUUUGAAAUUGGGCAGCACGGAUGAGUUGGUGACUUGCGGUCCGGAUUACGAAAAUUGUCCUUCGUCUCAUAAAUGUCAGUUGAGUCCGGUUGGGGAGUACGCGGUUUGUUGUCCGAAGCCAAGAGACGUUUGUUUCGAACCGCUGGAUUCCGGAAAAUGCCUGGAUCCAUCCGAAAGCAGAAAUCUAACGAGAUUCUAUUUCAAUUCCAAAACCAACAAAUGCGACCAAUUUAUUUUCAGCGGAUGCCAAGGAAACCACAACAAUUUCCAUACGGAAAAUAUGUGUAAUAUUGUUUGUCCAGUUUUAACACAAUGCGAACGUCUUAGAGAAAAGAACCAAAAAGCCGCUGAAAUGUACAAGAAACCAACGUUCACGCCCAGAUGCGAACCAAACACCGGAGCGUGGCAAGCGAUUCAAUGUUUGGAACACGUCGGAGUGUGUUGGUGCGUUACGCCACAAGGAGAACCGCUGAAAGGUACUCUCACCAGAGGUGCGGAACCAGAAUGUAAUUUCCGACAAGCGAGACAUUGGGCAUCUGACCGGUCCGAUUUUAAUACAGAUUCUUAUCUAGUAUUGGAAGAAUUAAUGAUGCAAAUCGGUUCGUUUGAAGACAGUGACGAGCCAGCAGAUAUGAAACUCGAAGAAGAUAUAACGAAGUGGGAAAUACCGACGGUUAAUAGAUGCCAGUCACUCGGUGGUCAAUGUGACGAAGAAGGAAAAUUCUUGCCCACGCAAUGCGAGGAAGAGACAUGUUGGUGCGUGGAUGAAGCGGGAAAUCAAUUGCCAAAUACCAAUACGUUCGUUAAAGGCGAGAAAACAUGCAUGACCACACCUAUUGAAAAAGCAGACGUGACUCUCGGAUUUAGAGGCGAAUUCGAUGACGUAUCUGCAGUGCCGGUAGUAAAUCAAAUUACAAAAAUCAUUAGAAGCCUCAAAGGAAACCUAAACGAAGAAGGCAUCAAAACGUCUAUCACCACCGAUACCCUUUAUAUCAAUUUUUCGCUCAUCGGCAGUAACAAAGUAGAUGUAGCCUACAAACUAGAACAACUGGUUAUGCAACAAAGACUACCAGGUCUGACAGCUGACAUAACGAGAUCGAGGAUCACGCAUAAAUUGUUCGGUCAAGAUGGUCACAAUAUGUCCGAUAGGGUUAUGGCUUUGGAACAUCGAGAAAUCGUUUCUCAAUCGCCCGUAUCGGUCUUAGUCCCGUAUCACACGGCUUUGAUUGUGAUAGCAGCCGCCUCGACUUUCGUUAUUUGCGUUUUAACGCUUUUGGUACUGUUGUAUAGAAGAAAGAUGAACAACAGUUUGAAUACUCAAAAAUUAUCAUUGGACAACAGAUUCAUCUCAACUUCCAACCACCCUAUUUACAUCGAAUUGCCAAACGAAAAGGGAUUCAUUCCGCAGUCAGACACAAAAUUAAAUAUAAAGACCUAAUGAGUUAUAAGUAGCUUUAUUUGUAAUAUAUUGGUACCUAUUCGUUUUUAUUUUAACAAUACGCCAUUCGAUAACGAUAUAAAAUCAUUACUUGUGAUUAGUAAUUUAAUUAUGACUUUUUAGUUUGUAAUUUACUUGUACAGAUUAAUAUUUAGGACAAACUUUAAGUUAUUUAUAGAAAUAAAUUAUGUAUAUAUAAG